AUGGAGAUAUUUCAGCCGAAUGUGGGAAACAACACCCAUGGCUAUUUUGCACAUCCUGUGCCGACUACCCAUUAUGAGAUCAAAACGAGUGUCAUUCAGCUGUUGAAGGAUAACUGCCAGUUCUAUGGGUUGCCUAGGGAAGAUCCUAACGCACAUCUUGCAAACUUCUUGGAAGUAUGUAGCACAUUCAAGAUGGACAACAUGACUGACGACGAGGUAUGGCUUCGCCUGUUCCCAUUUUCUCUGAAUGAUAAGGCGAAACAAUGGCUUCACGCUCUACCUAGCGCAGGCAUUAACACUUGGUCUGAUUUGGCGAAAGCGUUCUUGCACGAGUAUUUCUCCAUGGCAAAGACUGCAAAGCUGACCAGGGAUAUUAUGCUCUAUCAGCAACUUGAUGGGGAAUCAGUUCAUGAAGCUUGGGAGCGCUAUAAGGAGAUGCAGAGGCAAGUUCCGCAUCAUAACAUCACUCGGGAGAAUCUGAUCCAAACCUUUUAUAAUGGAGCAACUGAACUGGGGAGAAGCACGAUUGACGCAGGCGGAGGAGGGUCUCUGAUGAGAAAAAUGGCGGAUGAAGCAUUCGAUCUGUUAGAUGAGAUGGCAGUAAAUGGCUGUUUUUGGCCAUCUGAAAGGGCGAAGGCACCUGCGCAGAGAGGAGUUAUGACAGUUACUGCUGAGUCUGCAAUGGAGGCUUUAAAAUCGAAGACUGUAGCACUGCAAAAUCAAGUAGAUUUUCUUACACGGCAGGCUGCAGGAGUUAAUAUUAACAGUGUAGCUGCCAUUCAGAGUAACUGCGAGGUAUGUGGGGAGCAUGGUCAUAUGUCGAAUGAAUGUUCUGUAUGGGGUCAGCCUAACAAUGAGCAAGUCAAUUUCGUGGGAGGACAAAGACAGGGCAAUGAUCCAUACGCUUCCACUUACAACCCAGGAUGGAGGAAUCACCCGAAUUUCUCAUGGAAGGACAAUGGGGGUAAUGCCAACAAUCAGGCAGGUCCGAUCUUUCAGGGCGGACAGAGGCCACAACAGAAUCAGGGCAACUACCAGAAUCAAGGGAACUUUCAGAAUCAGGGGAAUUUCCAACAUCAAAACAACAGACCGCAGCAUCCACCUGGCUUCCAACAAAGAGAGCAAGGCGAGUCUCUCCACAGCAAGUUUGAUAAAUUGAUGGAGAUGAUGAUGAAGAAGGAUGCCGAGACGCAGCAAACAUUUAAAAAUCAUGCUGCCACAAUUCAUAACCUUGAGGUGCAGAAUCAGUAG